AACUAUUGAAAAUAUUGAAGGGUUAAAAGAUAAUGAAAAUAGCGAGAAUGAUUUAGACGAUUUAUAUCAAGAUUACGAAUUAUAUCUUACUAAAGUACUUAAAAUCAUUCAAGAGCAAAGAUUAAAACAAAAUUAUAGAUGGGCAAAAUCUGUAAAAAGCAGCUUUGCAGGGUUACAAAAAAUAGUAAUGGAUAUUGAAGCAUAUAGGAGAAGAACAACAAAUCCACGAAUAUGGAAAGAUCAUAACCACCAUAUGAUAUUUUUGAAUAGAACUUAA